CUGAAGCAACGUUUACAGUUAUAUCCCUGUAAUUUCUAAGCAAUAUUACAUAUAGUACAUAAAGGCAGUUGAUACUAAUAUACACUAUUAGUAAGAGAUUGAUAACAUCACCACCAGAAAUUCUGAUAACCUCUGAAGUAUCAAAUAUAAAACAAAUGAAUAUAGAGAAUCGCUUGUAUAUCUGACAUGUUAUCUUAUUUUGCUAAAUGUAUAGGUAAGUGUCCGUCUAAACAAUUUCUCACAGAAUGAAUUUCUGAUAAUGUAAUUACUUUUGGAAUAACAUGAGGUGAGGUGAUGACAACUAAGUCUUACUGAUACUUGAUUUAGUCAUAAGUUGGUUUAAGUGUAUUAACAAAACAAACCAUAUGAUCAUAAAUUGUUUUAUUUACAAGUAAGAUCUACCUACCUAGUCCCUUGACCUCCUGGUCGUUGGGGGGACAAGGUAGACAAGAGGAUGAUAGAUAAAAAAAGAUACAUCACAAGUUCACACAGAACAUCAAAUUUUCCGUUUUCGCAGGCAUUCAAAUGUAGGAGUUUGCGAUUGUUUUGAGUAGUCGAUUACGUUAUGGUCAAAAUAUGUUAUUUUUUCAUCAUUCAACAGUCUUGGCGAAUUGUACUGGGCUAUCUUAGCACUUGUCAAUGAAAGUGACGAAAUGUUUUAUACACACUAGAUGGUCCUAUGAUAAAUAUCAUCAUGUCUGUAGAUCGAGUCGAUUGUCGAUGAUCAUGUUAGGCGUUUUUAUGAUUAUGACUGUAGGUGGUGAUAAUUAACUGUUAGUGAUACUUGAAUGACGUCUUAUAAAUGCCCCUCAUUGACUGUUCAAAUAGAAAGAUUAAUAUGAAUGAUAAUAAAGCUUAAAUAUGAAUUCCAGAUUGCUCAAUUGAAUUCAUAUUGAGCGUGUGAAAUUUGACCUUUGACACUCUCACGGACAUGGUACGAUAGCCACAAACCAUCUAAUCUCGAGGCAAAUCUCCCGGUGGCAAAGGCAGUAGCCACGGACAGAACGUUAUCCGUUAGUCUCCAGUGGCUAAUGGAUAAUGUAUUGACACAUGCAUACCGUUUUCCCACUGGCAGAUCUACAUGGAGAAUACGAAUUUACAAACAUCUUGCCAACAUCAAGACAACCUCUCCAUUCAUUCUUCGGACUAAUUAACAAUAUCUAUAAGUAUUAAUUGAUAUAAUUAUUGCACAAAAUUACAUGGCAGUCCACAGUCGAGAUUUUGGGCAGGUGGGUGUAUUUGUGGGUAACAGUUGACUCUUUUGGGUUAUAUGUCUCGUUGUGGGAACGUUGUUUCGGACCAAAGCCCACCCUGUAACAGAUACUGCGCAUGCCAAGCUGGCAUCAUUGUUUGUGUAACAGGUACAGAAUAAAGCGUGGUCGACGUCACGCCGUAAGGUGACCCGUUCAAGCAAACCGUGAUAUCGUAACAGAUAAAACUGCUGACACCCAGGCUUUGAGUUGGUGAAAAGAACUCCGGAAAGUUGAGUUUACCCUUUUAUAGGUUACUCUGAAUGUUCCAACAGUGAACCACGCACGACAGACACUGAUAAGUUUAAACUGGUCACCAACAUGAAGCCAGUACUGACCGAGGUACAGCUGAAGAGACUGAAGGAGUACAAGUUCAAGUCUGAAGGGAAGUCACUGCUUGAUCCUGUCCUGCAGGACUUCUCUAGCUAUCUUCUGAAGCAGAUCCCCCUGUGGGUAGCACCGAAUGUCAUCAGCUUCCUGGGAUUGGCCGCACUUGUCGUCGCCACAUUCCCGCUGUUUCUCUACUGCCCCACAGCGACAGAGGAGAUGCCAUGGUGGUUUUACACCAUUUGCAUCGCUGGUUUGUUCACAAUCCAGACCCUAGACAACAUGGACGGUCUCCAGGCCAGACGUACCGGCAGCGGAUCGCCCGUCGGAGCGAUCGUGGACAGUGCUUGCGACAUCACCGCUUUAGGGAUUGGUGUAACGUCAUUUGCUGUCGCGAUGCAACUCGGGACAUCUCCGGAGUUGAUGUUUUACUGGCAUCUGCUCUGCUUCUGUCUAGAUUUCGCCGUGUUCUGGAAAAACAGUUUCUUUGAUGUGCUUCGCUAUGAAUUGUUGGAGAGUAAUGAAUAUCUGACAGUCAUGAUGAUGGUACAUUCGGUCUCUGCGAUCUUCGGACCCGCCGCAUGGUCAACACAGGUCUUCUAUGAACUGGAAGCACGAGUUAUCGUUAUAGGCAUAACCUUGGUGGCGUAUUUCUUCAUCAUCAUUGAGGCGAUGUUCUUCAUCCUCAAACAACGGGGCAAAGGCAGCAAUGCUGGACUUCGUGGCUCCAGUCCGAUGCGUACGGCUUGUCCUCUCCUGAUUCAACACAUCCUCGCCUUCCUCACCAAGGGAGCGUCUUCCCAACAGAUUGUCCAGAACUACCCUACCUUGUACUAUCUCAUGCUUGGACUGGCGCAUGCGAAGGUUACCAUCGUGCUGAGGGUAGCAGACGCAACAAAGUCAGAAAUGCCUCUGGUCGACACCUCCUUGCUUGGUCCCGCCAUGUUGUUCCUCUCCUCGUUUCUUGGUGACUACGUCAGCGAAUACUACGUUUUGUGUCUCGCUAUGACGUUGGUGACCUUGGACCUGGUGGUGUACAGCAUGUUGGUCCUUCAGGAAAGCUGUGACUACCUCAAGAUCAGUUGCUUCAAAGUUAAAGAGAAAUAUUAAAUUUCUCAAGUAACGUUUACAGUAUCAUUCCUGUACUUUUCAAGCAAUAUCACAUUUAGUACAUGAAGGCAUUUAAUAUGAAUAAUAAGAGAUUUAUAGCAUCACUACCAGACAUUCAGAUAACUCGAAGUAUCAAAUACAAAACAAAUGAAUAUAGAGAAUAGCCUAUUCCAUCAUGGGCGGUAGGCCAUCGAGUAUUUGUCGGAAUCGCUGUUGCUUUCUUUGUACGUAUACACUCAACACACACUGUAUACAGCACUACCGUACUGUCUACCGUUUGCUGCAUCGUUCUAGAUCACGGGGAUAGUUUGCACAAAGGCCAACAGGAGUAGUUUCGCAGUUUGCUCGAACGUGUUUGCGAAGCCCUGCUUGAACCGAUGAACCACCACGGCAGCUAACUCCACUAACUACAUAAAAAUGACUGGCUAUUCAUUAUUGUUCUUAACACCAAAGCUUUCAGAAGUCGGUGUUCGGCAAACUUCGGGGUCAUUUCGGCAACCAUUCGUAUUUGUGAUUCUUUAGAAUCGACAGUGUGUGUGUGUACCCGCUGUGUGCGAUUCUCGGGAAUCUUUCAGAGGUCAGGAAUCUUUCUGUGAACCGUGUACAGUGUGUGUAAGUGUACGAUUCUCGGAAAUCUUUCAGUGGACUGAGUGCUCCGUGUGUGUGUACGAUUCUCGGGGAUCUUUCCGUAGCCCGAGUACACAGUGUGUGAGUGGGCGAUUCUCGGAAAUCUUUCAGUGGACCGAGCGCACGGUAUGUGUAAGUGAUUCUUGGGAAUGUUUCUGUGGGCCGAGUACACAGUGUAACAUUAUGGUUUAAUAGUGUAUGAUUCUCGGGAUUCCCAUGGUGGAAUGACUACACACUUUGAGUUCAUUCAUAAGAAUUGGAUUUUUAUUACAGCAAACUACUGCUGAUUUCAACAAAAACUCGAUGGCCUACCGCCUAUGACUUCAUUUCUGACUUAUUCAUUUCCAUCUUAGUUUGUUACAUGUAUAGGUUUUAGUGUCCAUCUAACCAAUUUGUUACAGAAUUAAUUUGUGAUAAUGCAAUUACUUUUCAAAUAAUAUGAACUAGCUAGAUAUUUACAUUUUAAUGUCCAUAGAGUUGAUUAUCGCAUUAAGCUUUUUUUUUUAUUGAGGGGGUAGGUGAUGAUAACUAAGUCGUAGUGACAGUUGAUUAAAUCAUAGAUUGGUGGUGUGUUCGGAAACAAACCAUGUGUUUACAAAUUGUUGUAUGUACUGUAAAUGCAUUUAAGUUCGCGGGGAUUUAAUUUCGCGGUAGCGGGGAAAAGGACUUUUCGCGGUGGUUUUAAUUUCGCGGUGGCACCAUGCACUGUAGUAUCUUAAUGCCCUGGAAUAAUGUUCACCCCGGUUUUAAAUUCGCGGUGAAAUGGCCAACACGAAAACCGCGAAAAUAAAUCCACCGCGAACAUUUCUGCAUUUACAGUAUAUAGAAUACAGCACAGGUUCACACAGAGCCAUCAAAUUUCCGGUUUAGUCAAAAUAACUAACGUAGGCAUGCAAAUGUAGGAGUCUGAGUAGUUGAUUACUUUAGUCAAAACAUGUUAUUUUUCAUCAGUUGGCAGUCUUGUUGACAAUAUUGGUGUAUCAAGUAAACAAACCAUGUAUUCAUUCAUUUUUGAAUUACAACACUCAAUGUAUUUCUGUUGACGCGGAUGCUGAAAUCACAUAGCUGGAUGAUCUGUUAAGCAUAUUUCACCUAUUUGACCAUCCACAUAUCUAUUGCUUACUAACCGCGGUCACUUUUAGAGCAUCAGUAUAA